GUCCCUGAACAAAAUGGAAGUGGAAGUAGCUGAUGACGUAACUUGGAGCAGAGAAACAGUUCCCAAGGUUCUGAAGAUAGUGAGCACAAGACUAGCUCAGAGAGACCUCAUCUCUCUCUUGUUAGUCAGCCCUUGGCUCAACGCCACUCUCAUCUCCCACCCUUCCCUUUGGCUGCUUAUCGAUUUUCGUGAGAUGAAUGAUGCUGGGAAUCGCCUAAUAGCUGCUCUGUCACUGCCGCGGUAUCGGCAUGUGAAGCAGAUAAACCUUGAAUUUGCUCAGGAUAUUGAAGACAAACAUCUUCAAAUCAUAAAGGACAAGUGUCUUGAUUCUCUUCAAGACCUUGAAGUUCUGAAUCUGAAUAGCUGCCAAAAGAUUUCUGAUAAGGGAGUUGAAGAUAUAACCAGUGCUUGUACCAAUCUGAAAGUCUUUUCUAUUUAUUGGAAUGUGAGGGUCACAGAUACAGGUAUAACACACCUGGUGAAGAAUUGCAAGUAUAUCAUUGAUCUGAAUAUAAGUGGCUGUAAGAAUCUUUCAGACAAAAGUUUGCAACUGGUUGCUCAGACUUAUCCAGAAUUGGAGGUGCUGAAUCUGACAAGGUGUGUCAAGUUAACAGAUUUUGGCUUGCAGCAGAUAUUGAACAGUUGCUCCAGUCUCCAGAGUCUCAACUUAUAUGCCCUAUCUAGCUUCACUGAUGAAGCUUACAAGAGGAUAUCACUUUUAGCCCAUCUUAAAUUCUUGGAUCUAUGUGGUGCCCAGAAUCUAUCAGAUGAAGGGCUUUCUUGUAUAGCUAGAUGCAACGGCCUUCUCUCUCUCAGUUUGACAUGGUGCGUACGUGUCACUGAUGUGGGGGUCAUAGCCAUUGCAGAGAGUUGCACCUCUCUCGAAUACCUCAGCUUAUUUGGGAUAGUUGGGGUGACCGAUGCAUGCCUGGAUUCCCUUUCAAGGACCUGUUCAAACACAAUUACUACUCUUGAUGUGAAUGGAUGUAUUGGAAUUAAGAGACGGAGUCGUGAUGAAUUGCUUAAAUUGUUUCCAAAGUUGCGGUGCUUCAAAGUGCACAGCUAGCAUGUGCCAUACAGAAUCCACAAUAAUAUGAAUGAGAAAUACUUCUAAGAGACGGCAAACCUAUACAUUUUGAGUUUAGCGUUAUGUGGCAUGUCAGUUUUUUGUAUUCACUCUUUAGGACCUCAGGAAUCUGAAUCUGUAUUUUCUCAUCGUGUUCUCAGGAUUUAUGAAACAAAUACAGAUAUUCUGAUAGAGCAUUGAAACUACCGUUAUGAAC